GCAUAAAUUCGCAUUCAUUCCCAAGCUCUGGAAAAGAAGGCUAAACUUAAAGUAGGUAGCAGCCGCCAAGACUUCCGCUGUAUGGCGCUUGGUUGCUUGAGGACGGCACGCACUAGUGCCCAGCGAUGUCCGCUUUCUUUGGAUCCCCGGCGCGCGCCAGCUUUUUAGUAGGAAGUUCUGACAAGGAUCUCAAAGACACCGGCCUACUUUCCCAAGACCGCAAAGGAGUCCAGUCUACAAUGGAUAAGCAAUCAACUCCGGAGGCCAAGUCUCCAGCUAAGCGGCGCGGGUGGACUGGUUCACCUUUUAGAAAGCGGGCCCAGAACCAGUCAUCUGUUGAGGGGGGCACUUUGCAGAGGUUGGUCGAAGGGGAUGACGUUGCGACGAGUUCUGAGGGAGUGGUUGAUGAAAACAGCGGGGACCCGUCUGUGCAAGAGCGCUCUUCCUUGGAUGGGGGAUCAAUGGAUCAGCGGAGCCUGGCCAUGAGUAUGGAAUUCUUUGAUGCCGAGGAGGCCUUGGAAUCCGCAUCUGACAUCAGCACGCAGCCCGACGACAGCCUGGGCCUGCGGGAGCGCCUGCAGCAGGAAAUCCGCACGCGCGUUCUCGCCCAAGAAGCGCUCGCGGCGCUCCAAGCGGAGCGCAACGAACUUCUGAGGCGGUUGGAGCAGUCUCAGACAGUGCAAGGUGCGGCGGAGAACCCCACGGAAGGUGCCACUGGUAGUCUCUCGGAAGGUACUGUGGAAACGCCAUUGGGAGAUGAAAUUGACAACCCCUCGGAAGCUGCUGUGAUUAGUUCGCAGGGAGACAUUAGGAAAGCGACGGAGGACAGUGAAGGCGCUGCAGAUAAGCAGGCGGAGGGUCUUGAUAAGCCUGCGGAAGGUGCUCACAUUUUGUUGGAGAGAACGGAUCUUGAAGGAGCGGAGGUGGUUGAGGACGCAAAAAAGGCUGGUGAGAGCGGCGACGGAGAUUGCGAGAUGGGGGGUGGCUCUGCGGGGCCAGAAGUCCCAACCGACCAGAAUGCGGAUCCACCGGAGUCGUCCAGCGAGCUGGGAAUGCUAGACGGCGGCUCAGCAACGAAUCCAGGUACGGAAGCAGGGGUGAACGGGGAGGGGGGUCAGGUCCCCCCUGAAGCGCAGGCUGGGCCGUCGGGGGCCCCGAAGGCGGGGUUUGCGUCAUCUUUAUCGGAGGGGAAGGACAGCGCACUUGCAGAGGGGGGCCUGAGGGAGGCGCUCGCGAAGAAGGACUCAGAGAUUGCGCGGUUGAAGGAGAAGCUGGUCUACUGGGACCGGGUCAACGAGGAGUACCGGGUGCAAAGAGAGGAGGCAAAGGAAAAGAAACGGGAGGCCCGGAGACGAUACCAAAGGCGGCGGGCGUGGACCAUAGGUCUGCUGGGCGGAACUGUUGGAUUGUGCAUACUCGGAGGCGCAGUCUACGGUGCUUAUCAGUACUGGGAUGGUGACACCCCCUUCUUUGCAGCAGCUGAGUCUGAUGAGAAGUCGUCAGCAGCCGCGCCGAGUUCGUCUGAUGUUGUAUUAGAGGAAAGUGGAUCUUCACGUGUUGCGGUUAAUAAACAGUCAUGAGUACAGAAUAGUGUACAUAAUACUGAUAGUGAUGAUAGAGGUACGUCAAUAUUGGACCAGGUUCUUGGUAAAGUUUGUAUGAUCUGGAUGGACUCGCCUGCCAAGAGUUGACAAGCUGCCGAAUCGAAUACUU